AUGGAUGACACCGUUCCGAGGGCCGAUUCUGUUGCGCACGAAGAGAAGGCUGAGGAGAGCGGAAACUCACGGCCGCAAGUUCAUUUCAGCGUCCUCAGUGCCCUGGGAGUCCAAUUCUCAGUAACAGGCGCCCCGCUGACCUUAGGAACCUACCUGUCACUUACAAUUGGGGUAGGAGGCUCUCCGGCAUAUUUCUGGGGGUUUAUACUGGUGGGAUUCUUCCAAGUUGUCAUUGGACUGGCCGUGUCGGAACUGGCGUCGGCCAUCCCUCACUCCUCCGGUCCCGCUCACUGGGUUGUUGCCCUUGCUCCUCCUCAGUAUCGACGCGGACUGGGAUAUACCAUGGGCUGGCUUUUAAACUGCGCCUGGCUCUGCAUAACAUCCGCCUCAUGCCUAUACCCGGCCCAACUGACCCUCGCCUUGGUCCAAGCCAACCAUCCCGACUUCAUUCCGGCGUCAUAUCAUGUCUACCUGCUAUACAUGUUCUUUUCUCUGGUGUUUCUCUCUGUGAACUUGCCAAUCGCCCUGAAAUCCCUGGGCUACAUACUCAGCGCAGCUGUGUUCUUGUUCAACGGAUCGGCCAUCUACUGCCUCAUCACCCUGCUGAUCCGGGCGACACCUAAACAGUCAGCACAGGUGGUCUUCAUCGAAUUUGUCAAUGAGACGGGCUGGGACUCAGAUGGAUGGGUCUUUUUUGUCGGUCUUCUGCCAGCUGCCGCGGUCCUGGGGGCCUUGGAUUCGGCCACCCACCUGACCGACGAGCUGGAGAACCCCUCGAGACAGGUCCCCCUUGUGCUCCUAGGCUCGCUAGGUCUUAGUAUCACUGUGGGAAUUCCCAUGAUUCUGGUGUAUCAAUUUUGCAAUAUCGAUCCCAUCAGCAUGCUGGAACCCGUGGGAGGCCAGCCUCUCGUACAACUCCUUCUUAACGCUACGUCUUCGCUCCCCCUCACCAACGUGGGUAUAUCUCUCAUCAUCUUCUGCUUCUGUCUCGCUGGGGCUUCCGCACUGGUUAGUUGGUCGAGGCUAUACUGGUCUUUCUCUCGAGAAGGUGCUUUGCCCUUCUCCGGGACGAUGAGCAAGCUAACCUCCCGACACGGAGUCCCGCUGAACGCCUUACUGUGGAAUACACUGCUGUGCGUUGCCCUGGGGACAGUCAGUAUCGGUUCCACAACUGCAAUGAAUGCACUGUUUGGUGCGUCGGGGCUGUGCAGCACAACGUCACUGAUCGUAGCGAUGGGGCUGGCCUUAUGGAACGGUCGUGAUCGUCUUGACAAUCGCCGAUGGUUGAAUCUGGGUCGGUGGGGUAAUGCUAUAUUUUGGGUGGCGCUGGUAUGGAGCGUGCUUAUGUGUGUCGCUAUAUCCAUGCCGCUGUAUCUGCCUGUUACACCGACGACGAUGAACUGGGCAUCGGUAGUUUUCCUGGGCUUUGUGUUCAUAUCUGGGGUUUAUUGGGUGUGUGUCUUUUCGAGGAUGAAGCAUCCGCAGUCUACUAAUAUUGUUACUCUUGAGGAUACCGGCAAGGCACGAGGUGAUAGUGCCAAUGCGCAUUUCUACUAA